AUGGGACACAGUACCUACACCAAGCAGACGCCGGCCAGGGACGAUCAGCGCGCGUCCCGAAUGGUUGGAUUCAUCCCGCAGCGCUGGCAAUGGGCCGCCGAUGCGGCCACCUCCAUCGCCUUGGCCCUGCCCGGGUCGGCAAUCCUCACCGGCCCGCUGACGGCGUUUUUACCUGCUUUCCAGCUGGGGCCGUUCGAGGAACCAGAGGAUCUUGAUGGGGAAGAAGAGGCCGCCGACCCGGUGGACGUGACGGGAACGGGAAUGGUCUGGGUACCUGGGCAGCCCCGUCCAGAGCAGUUGUCCAGGCCGGAUGUACAUACGGCAGAACUUGUUUUUGGACAGGGGAAGGGACUGGUCUCGUUGAUGGGUUCGUUCCCGGCCGUGCCGGAGCCGGUUACCAAAGGUUCUGGGAUCAACUGGAAAUCGGCCAGGCAAGGUCUCGAUCUUUUGCUCAACUCCAUCCGAGAGCAUAUCGAUCAGAAACAGCAGCAGCAGCAGCACCAGCAGCAAAAGACAGACAGAAAAAACCGCAACCCAGUCGAGGACUGCGAUUCCUACUUUGAACGGUCCACCUACCUCAAUGGCACCCAACACAUCCUCCGGGGCUUACCCCGCGACCUUGACAACAACGAGGCCGCUGUCCUGCACCGCGCCAUGCCAGCCACCCUCGCAGACAGAUUCGAACACGUAGCCAACGCCAGCAACGGGAAAAAGCGGCCCCUACAGCUCCGCGAGCGCGGCUUCGUGCACACUUGCGUCUUCCUCGCCAUCUGCUUGCUCUCAAUGGCCGGCGCCUGGUUCCUCCCGCGCCUGGCCGCGUUGGGCAGCCAGCUUGUGCAGGCUGAGCAGGAACACAAGUAUCUCCCGCAGCUGGUGAUGGCGGUGACGGGGUUUUUGCAGACUCUGGGCGCGGCGUUCCGCUGGCUGGGGGGUACCUGGCCGGGUCAGUUGAUUGCGGCCGUGUCGGCGCAUGCUGGGCGCGGGGUGCGGAGCGCGCUGUUUGCGUUUGGGGAGCGGAUUGUGGAGGAGAAUCCGGAGAGUGAGGUUGUGGCGCGGGCUGCGGCUGUGUCGGGGAUGGCGGAGAGGGAUGGUGAAAAGCCGAGGAAGAAGAAUCGGUUUGUAUAG